AAAGAAGGCGGAGCCCAGCAGGGGAGCCCCUCCCUUUCCUCCUGUCACAACGGGCCUCGCAGCCGGAAGGAGCGUUUCGCGGGCUUUCCAACUGCCAGCCAAUCCCGCUCCCCCUCCCAGCAGCAGUGACUCCGCGCUUUUCCACCCGCCCGCCGACUCUGCGCAAGCGCGUCGGACAGGGGCGGGGCGCGCGGCCGGGACGUUGAGGGGCGGGGUGAGAUGAGCCAAUCAGAAGAUUCAUUUCCGGGUGGCGCGGGCGCCAUUUUGUGAGGAGGGAUAUAAACGGGCGCUGCAGCCGCCGCCGGCCCAGUUGCUUCUCUGGUGGAGUCGGUUGGGUUCGUCUAUUAUAGAGUUUUCCAGUUCCACCUUUCCAAACGUCUCCACGCGGAAACCAACCGCCAGGAAAGAGGCGCGGCGUCGAGCCGAGCUAACCUGAGGAAACCGCUGCCGCUGUAGCCGAGCGCGCGGGCCCGCCGGGGCAUUAGUUCGUCGGCGCGCAGCCCCGGCCCGACUCUCCAGAGCCAUGAGUUACGGUCGCCCGCCUCCCGAUGUGGAGGGCAUGACCUCCCUCAAGGUGGAUAACCUAACCUACCGCACCUCGCCCGACACCCUGAGGCGCGUGUUCGAGAAAUACGGGCGCGUCGGCGACGUGUACAUCCCGCGGGACCGCUACACCAAGGAGUCCCGCGGCUUCGCCUUCGUCCGCUUCCACGACAAGCGCGACGCCGAGGACGCCAUGGAUGCCAUGGACGGAGCCGUACUGGACGGCCGCGAGCUGCGGGUGCAGAUGGCGCGCUACGGCCGCCCCCCGGAUUCACACCAUAGCCGCCGGGGCCCCCCACCCCGCAGGUACGGGGGCGGCGGCUACGGACGUCGGAGCCGCAGCCCUAGGCGGCGUCGCCGCAGCAGAUCCCGGAGUCGGAGCCGGUCCAGGUCCCGGAGUCGAUCUCGCUACAGCCGCUCCAAGUCCCGGUCCCGCACUCGCUCAAGAUCGCGAUCCACCUCCAAGUCCAGAUCGGCGCGAAGAUCCAAGUCCAAGUCCUCGUCGGUCUCCAGAUCUCGCUCGCGAUCCAGAUCCAGGUCUAGGUCCAGGAGUCCUCCACCCGUGUCCAAGAGGGAAUCCAAAUCCAGGUCGCGAUCUAAGAGCCCUCCCAAGUCUCCGGAAGAGGAAGGAGCGGUGUCCUCUUAAGCAAAUGCUGCGGUCUCCUGUUUGAUAAAAGAAUAUUGGCCAGUAUUGCAGAUUUUAACUGAUUUGGCUGAUCCUCCAGGGACCAGUUUCUGUGGGCGUGUAUUGGAGCAGGUUUGUCUUUAAAUGUUAAAGAUGCACUAUCCUCUUAGAGAAAACAAUCAGUUCAACUAUUGUUGUACUGACUGGGACUUCAUAUUCUAAUGGAUGUGGCAAAAUUGCGGAAAAGAAGCAAUGAACUUUCGGAACCAAAAGUUUACAGGUAUUGAUUGCACUGGGUGGGGAAAGGAUAGUGUGUCUUUAACUCUCAAAUUGUUUGGUCCUAUUUUUUAAAAGGAAAGGGCCCUAAGUAGCUCAGAUGUUAAAGCAUUCUAAAAUGCCAAUGGUUUCAUUUGAAAACUAAAAACUUAAAAUAUAUUGACUAAUUGUUUUGUUUGGAUACAGCCCAACCCCCUCCCCCUCCUUUUUUUUUUUUUUUUUUUUUCUUUUUUCUUCUCCCCCCUUACCAUUUUUCACCUUGGUCAUUUGGCCAAAAAUACAUAACAUAAACACACGUUUUUAGUGCUGAUGGUAACCUUUGUGAAAUUUUCCUAAUUGGGCCUUAAAAAAACGGAUAAUGGCUGGUUGGAACCUUUCUGUAACCUAUUGGUUUCACCAGAUCCUUAGUAAGUACUGAAAUUGAAACCAUGUGCACUUUUGGUGAUUUUGUUAUAAUGGAAGGUAAACUGAGCUUGUUUCUUUUCAAACCUAGAUGUGUCGACAAGCAACAUAAAGGAGGACUUGGGGGAAAGGACCACUUACUCGGUAGUACUCAGUCCAUCAGAAGAGUCCUUGGAACAAGCAACUGGCUAUUGAAAAAGGUUAUUUUGUAACAUUUUGUCUAACUUUUUACUUGUUUUAAGCUUUGCCUCAGGUGGCAAACUCAUUUUAUGUGCCAUUUUUUGCUGUUAUUCAAAUUUCUUGUAAUUUAGUAAGGUGAACGACUUCAGAUUUCAUUAUUGACUUGGAUAUUUGAGGUAAAUUUUCCUUUUUGUUUAUAUAGUGCUGACUUUUUUUGUUUGGAAUUAAACAGAUUGGUAACCUAAUUUGUGGCCUCCUGACUUUUAAGGAAACCUGUGCAGCCAUUACACACAGCCUAAAGCUGUCAAGAGAUUGACUCAACAUUGCCUUCCUACCUUAAAAUUAAAAACCUACAAAAGUUGGUGUAAAUUUAUUUGUAUAUGUUAUUUACCUUCAGGUCUAAAUGGUAAACAGAACCCAAAUUUGUAUAAAGACUUUUCAGGUGAAAAGACUUGAUUUUUAUUUUUUUGGGAAGGAUUGUUUACCAAACACAAUUCUAAUCUCUUCUCUUAUGUAUUUUUGUGCACUAGGCGCAGUUGUGUAGCAGUUGAGUAAUGCUGGUUAGCUGUUAAGGUGGCGUGUUGCAGUGCAGAGUGCUUGGCUGUUUCCUGUUUUCUCCUGAUUGCUCCUGUGUAAAGAUGCCUUGUCGUGCAGAAACAAAUGGCUGUCCAGUUUAUUAAAAUGCCUGACAACUGCACUUCCAGUCACCCGGGCCUUGCAUAUAAAUAAUGGAGCAUACAGUGAGCACAUCUAGCGAUGAUAAAUACACCUUUUUUUUUUUUCUUCUUCUUCCCCCCCAAAAUGGUAAAUCUGAUCAUCUUCAUGUACGAACUUAAAAUAUGGAAAAUGUUAAGGAAGCAAACAAAUGGUUUGUAAUUUUGUAAGUACUUAUAACAUGGUGUAUCUUUUUGCUCAUGAAUAUUCUGUACUAUAGCCAUUGUUUCUGUAGUUUAAUUAAAACGUUUUCUUGGUGUUAGCUUUUCUCAGAA